UGUUGCCAAGCAACAGCAACUCCUACCGGCUUGCAACAGUUGGCGGUAAAACUGCUCCAUUGCAGGGCUGCGGUAGGAUCAUGUGCGAGGGCCCGUCCCGCAUCUCUGGACCCAUCCCCCCAGACCCUACUCUCUGCCCGGACUACUACCGGCGGCCGGCCUCGGCCCAAGGACGCCUGGAAGGAAACGCGUUGAAGUUGGACCUGCUGACUUCGGGUCGCGACCCGGACUCCAGUCCUCCUCGUGGCCCUCGCAUCAGGCCUGGAGCCCGAGAGAUCCUAGAGCGUGGCCAGCGAGGCAUAGGGGACGUGCUGCUGCAACUGGGGGGCAUCUCCCUUGGUUCAGGGGUCUCUCCUAAGAGAAAGGAUCCAAAAGACCAUGAGAAGGAAAACUUGAGGCGGAUCAAAGAGAUUCAGAGGCGAUUCCAAGACCAGGAACGCAGCCGGGAGCAGGGACAGCCUAAGCCUCUGAAGGCACUGUGGCGAUCACCCAAGUAUGACAAUGUGGAGUCCCGCGUCAAGGCCAGGAUGAAGGCAUCUGUCCCAGGGAGGCAGACAUCACCAUGUGACCUGGCUAAGGCAGUUAUAUCUGAUGUAAUUUACAGGGAGCUUGGCCCAGCCUCUGUGACAGAACCUGCCCACUUUCUGCGGGCACACUCCCGCUGUGGCCCUGGGCUCCCACCAUCCCGUGCCUCCAGUCCUCAGCUUACCCCGCCAGGUCCCAAAGCUAAGGGACCAGGCCUAGGUGUGGAUUUCAUUAGUCACAAUGCCCGAGCUGCCAAGAGAGCCCCCCGGCGCCAUUCCCGCUCCCUGCAGGUCCUCGCACAGGUUCUAGAACAGCAGCGGCAAGCCCAGGAGCACUACAACGCCACACAGAAAGGCCACGUGCCCCAUUACUUGUUGGAACGCAGGGACCUAUGGCGGAAGGAAGCUGAGGCUCGCCAGCGUAGCCAGCCGGACCCUUCCAUGCCCCCUGGCCAUACACUCAUGCCUGAGAGUCAGCGGCUAGAGACACUGAACAAUCUGCUUCAGAGCCAGAGCCAGCUGCUGCGUGAGCUAGUGCUGCUACCUGCUGGGGCAGACUCUCUGAGAGCCCAAGGUCACCGUGCUGAACUGGACCGGAAGUUGGUGCAAAUAGAAGAGGCUAUCAAGAUCUUUUCCCGACCCAAAGUCUUUGUGAAGAUGGAUUCCUAGCCCUAACCCCCUUUGUGGGUAGAUUAACAGGGAGGUCCAUGUUGCAGAUCAGCACGCAGUGGGGAAGGGCAGACUCGAGCCCUGUCAUAGCUCCACAGACAGGAGCAUUGGGGUGGGCAGAAUAUAAAGCACUUUCUAGUUAUCAGUGGCUGCGGAGGGGCCACCAGCCCCACAACUUUUUUUGUCAAAAUUAAACCUUUUGUAUACCAUG